UAAACCAGAACUGACAAUCAAUGUCGCAGUUUUGACAAUGUAAAAAACGCCGACUUAAUACUUAUCUGUAAUAAAAUUUAUUUAAAUUCCUCGCCAAAAAAACUUUUUGUAUAUAAAAAGUUGUUUUGGAAAUAAACCGAUUUUAUCCAACCAACAAAUCUACAACCUACAAACCAUUCAUUUCAACCCUUUUUGACUUAGAGCGAUGAACUUGGAGCAAUAAAAGUUCUUGCUGAAAAUCCACAUGAAAUGAACUUAGUAGAUGUGAUACGGAUACUGAAGUAAUAGGUGCAAUAAAUAUGUUAGAGCUUGAAUAAUGAGAUAGUUCGGCAUGAUGAUUUUCAAACUUACGCCGUUUUUGUUUAAUUUUGUUUCCCUUCUUCUAAUUUUGUUGAUUGUUAUAUCCUCCGUCGACUCCUCUGGACUAUUGUGUUUCACAAGCAAUGACCACGUACAGUUGUGCCACGAGGAGGCCACGUGUGAGGCGGAUGAGCGGAGGACCAAUGAGUUCUUUUGUGGCUGUGAAGAACACCUGUUCGGCAAUGGAAUCGACCACUGCAGCCGAACCGAUACCUCGUUGAUUCCCAUGAGCUCGGACAGGAGUAGUUUGGGCUGCUACUCACUUGAAAGAGAGAAACUCGUUUCCAUCUUCAGAGGAAGAUCAGCUGCCGACUACAUCAAAGAAAGAAUGGCUCCCCAAACCUGCACAGACACUUGUCUCGACCAGGGCUUCAACUACAUGUUCAUCACUGAAGGACAUAUAUGUUUGUGUGGUUAUGGGGACGAGAUCACUUCCAUGGCAAGAGUGAAUGAGAGCUUAUGCGAUGCACCAUGCCAAGGGGACAGCAGUGAAAUUUGUGGAGGGAUGGGUGGGGACGAUGUGAUGGUAGAUUGCACAGUGUGUCACUCAAUCAUGUACAUGUCAGUCUACUCUGCACAAACAUCUCGGGUCGAAUAUCUCGCCAUAGACAUAAUCGCAGACCUGGAAUCCUACGGCGGAUCCUCCUUCCUCUACUCGGAUUCUGUCUUCAACGCCCAUGCUGUCACCCGAUUGUCGGUGAGUGACAUGCAUGGCCAGGAAUACUGCCACUUGUACAUCCAGGGUGUCAACUACUCCACCCGGCGCAAGUGUCACUUCGAUGACAUAACUCUCUCGGUGCCUGGAUCCUUCCUCAUUCAGAUGACAGUGCUUGGCGGUCAGCACAAGUCUACAAGUGUUGGAAUAGCAGUGAAAGAGAGACACUUCACCACAGGAACUUACCUUAACUGCCCCCCUAACCCAUUCCGUAAACAGUGUCCCAGGUGUACUCAAUUUUUCGAUAGAUCGGGCGAGUAUGCAGUGUUGGCUUCUGACGGCGACCCUUGCAUAGUGGAGGUGUUGACAGGCGUGGAUGUGGUGCUACGGGUGAACUUCGGAGACACCCCCACCGACGAGUUCAUCCCCAUUGAAGACCCCGUCCAACACACCCUCUCCCUCCCCAUACCCGCCCACGUUCCAUUCGACACGCCCACCUCACAUUUCUAUUCCUAUACCUUCAACGGAUUGUACUACGUACCGAAACAGCAGCUGGUUUUCUUCCCCCACAAGAAGGUCACCACUGGGGGAGUGCUUCGAUCCAUUCAGACCUUCCUGAAACUGGAGGAUUUUUCCAGACAGAAUGGACUCGCCACAACUGUCAUACUAGGAAUAGCACGACCAACUUGUAGCAACGAUCAAGUAUAUUGCUGUGCGACUGGCAAAUGUAUAAACACGCAAACAGAGACGUGUUCCAAUGAAGUUAUUUCCACAGAGGAGGGCGAAUAUUUCUCUAUGUUCAGAAAGGAAAUCUGCGACCGGGACACGAAUACUUGCAAAGCAGCAACACUUAGCAAUAACACCUACGCAACAGUCGACAAUGUUCAAAUUGUUGCCGUGCAAGAAGUGAGUGUGGUGGUGGAGGCUGGUGGUUUUGGUCCCAGUGGGGUGAACGUGAUGGCCCAAUUUGACCCCUCGAGUGAGGAGGAGGUGGUGGUUGUGGAGCCAUGUGACUUCCUCUUUGUGUCGGUUCCCCCCAACCUCAUUUCAUCUUGGUGGCAAAAGGCGUCAUGUCUCGAGAACAAGACUCAAGCCAGAGGAGUUUCAAGCAGCUCAAUCUACACUGGCUCAUUCUACAGCAUGGAUCAGUGCAUGGAGCACGCUUACAAGUAUCUCUAUUUCCAUAACUUCAACGGGAUCUCGCUUUCCAACUCAAACGUCGGCACUGGACCGUUUCAGUGUUUCCUGGAAAUCGGCCAGACAUCCACUGAACACAAUUUCGCAUAUGACAACUGCAGGGUGCCCGAGUACAGCGCUCUCCAGCCGAACUUAGCCUCGUCGGGGCCCCUUAACACAGGAGAAAGAGUGCUGAACUGUGACAAGUCAGUUGUGGUGCCCACACUGAACGUGAGUCUAGGCUUGAGUCUAGACUUGAGUUCCUGCGACUGGACUGGAUUCGACAUGUCUUACAAAUUCGAUGGCGGUGUCUUCACUGAACUUCAGGAACCUGGUUAUGAUUAUUAUCUGGGCUAUCACGUGACAGAACCGUCGCUCGCUUCUCUGUUUCAUAAAUACCCAUUGAACACUGCGAAUCGCUACUUGCCCAUGAAUGUUGAAAUCAGAUCUGGCUCCUACUUUUCUGAGGAUCAAUUCCUUAUGCACGAAUCCGAACUGCCCCAGACUAUGGAAACCGUUGAACGAUUGAUUCUGCAGCCCAUUUCUAGUCUAAACUCAAAAAUGCGACAGCUCAAUUCGGGUGCAAUUGAUUUCAAUUACAUCUCUGUCAACUCUUUUUUAGAGCUCAUCGUUGCAUGCAGCGAGUGUACAUGUUCGAAUUCCAGGACUAUCAUAAGCUGGGGCGACACUUCGGAUCCCGAGGAGAUUGUCAACGAACGCGAUUUAUGCUACGAGACGACUCAAACUCAUUUUUACGCGUCUAAAGGUGUGUUCCCAGUUUGCGUAACAGUAGCAAAUGAUCUUUCGAAUGAGAGUUUUUGCCGUGAACUCCACGUUUUGAUGCCGGUUCCACCAAAAGAACAAAUUGGAUUAAAAACUGCUGCAGAUUGCUCGGGUACUGGAACAAGCUUUAUUGCACUGGGUUCUGAUGUCUGUUUCCAGGUAUCUUUUCCAGGCCAUCUUUCAGAGGUCAACUUUCCUUCUGAAUUCACGAUAACCGUUGAAUAUAAGUACAGGAUUCAACCUGACUUGUCGGAAUCAAUUAUUGUGAGUUCUUACACUGCAAACCAAAUGUGGAAUUUUACUGAAACUUUUGAAGAAGCUGGUUUGUUUGAUGCUCGAGUAUCCCUGUUCAACGAGGGAAGCUUUUCGCUGUUGUACCUCAAAUUGGGUGUCUAUGAAAUAAUAUCACAAUGUGACACGAACAUAACAUGGAAGUUUCCUCAGGAAGCGGAGGAAAUCGGUUUUCUUAAGAUGGGUUCGGCCACUAGUGAUUCAGGAGUGCUCGGGUAUGAUAAAGAAAUGCACAUUUGCUUUUUUAUUAACAAAGACACUAGCCCUGAAAGUGAUGACCUAACAGUAAUAACUUGUCAAGGUCAACACGACAGUUCAAACCUGUUCACGGCCGAAAGGAUCAGCAACAACCUCAUUUGUUUCCCGAUUUCCCAAAAUGAUACAUACGACUGUCAUAUCAACGUUUCAAACAAAGUAAGCCAAUGUUCCGACCGCCAUACGAUAAAAGUGGACAAACCUAUAAAGGGUUUUAUGCCCGUAUCUUACAACGUUUUUCUUCCCGACGUUCUAGGAAAAGUCGGGUUCUCAACGUUUGACAACGGACAAAAAAUGUGCGUGCUAAUUUACUGUUCGGCAAACUGCUCAACAAACUUUAUAAUUACUUAUUUCCAGGAGGGUUUAACGUCCUCAGCAUGUGAGAGUUCUAGUUAUUAUAAUCAAGCUUUAGCCCAAUGUGGUUCAAAGUGUUACAGAUCGAGCCAGAUGUUCAGUUCGACAACCCCCGAUUUGUAUGAAGUUCCUCCACAGCAGGCUGGAUCCAUUGAGAUACAAUACACUGCAUGGAAUUCAAUAAGUCUAGUUCGGAUGCAGAAAUAUGUAGCUGUAACAUCUGAAAGCUGUAACUAUCCCGAUCUGAAAAUAGUUAACGCGGGAGAGCAUUAUUACGAGCCCAUAACACUAUUCAAAAAAGCUCCUGCUCACUUUGAGGGUGAAAUUUUUGUAGUUUGCCGCGAGACCGACUUAAAUCAAAUUUCGUGGUGUUUUAUGCGCUAUAAUGAAUUAAAUGGCGAGAUUGUUGAAAUGAAUAACUCGACUGAAAGAUUGUACGGACAUUUGGACGAUAUUUGCACGCCAAUUUAUCUGGAGUCGGCAGCUAAGUCGACAUUAACGUUGUCUGAAGACUUCUUACGUAAUAUCUCCUACGGACAAUAUCGCUUUGUUUUCAAGGUCACAAUGCAAAAGCCUGAAGGUUCUCAGAGGGCUUUCGACUUCUCAUCUUACGAGUCGAACUAUGUUCGUUUUGUUCCUAGUGGCUUAGUGGGUCGUAUGUUUGAAGACGUCAGUGAGAUCUCGGUUUCCAAAGGUCAAAAGAUCACCUUGUCUCCCGAGCUGUACAGCUAUGACCCAGAUGACCCCUCAUUGGUUCCGUUCAACUUCAAGUGGUGGUGCAGAAAUGUGAAAGAAUCUUUCAAGAUGGAUUUGAAGGGAAAUUGGCGCGAUGAUUAUCCCCCUUUCCUAGAGUCUUAUGAGUUCCCUGGAGCUGCCGGUGGAUGCGAUGGAAACGGACCAGGUCGAACUGAGCAUUCCGGUGGCUCAGUGGACAUAACUGUGGACUUUGAGCCGGGCGAUUACUUAAUCGUGGCCACAUUCCAAGUGGACAACUACACCGGAAGAGUGGGCGUGGCCCAGAUCAAAGUAGACGUGUGGGCACUGGAGUCGAAUAUCCCAAUCCUCAAAAUACAAUGCGGCAAUGGAACGAAAUGUUUUCCCAAAGACAUCGACGACCAGACUACAAACACAACUGUGAAGAUCAACAAAAACGGCAACCUCAGACUGUUCGUCCAGUGCGUCUCGUUCUGUCCCCGGAGAGACUCCUAUCUGGCCUGUGAUUGGCUGAACGAGUACAAGGACCCUUCCAUCCCAUUGGUUGAGGGAGUUAGCCAAUGGAGAGAGUUGAACUGCAACUCCGCUAAUUACACGGCGUCUUCCGUGCAAACCCAGACUUACGUUCCAAAGCGUUGCUUCAAAGAUGGCAUCAUCGAGUACAGAACCAAAGUGUCUUGUUACGACAACUCUCCUCGAGAUCUGCUGGGUGAUAAUUCGGAGUGGGAAGAUCAACCAAAAGCAAUCGGUAGUACUAUCUUGUACUACGCUGUAAACCAGCCCUGCACCAAGUUGGGUGUGAAUGCAUCGUGCUCCGCCCAAUUUGUAAAUGUGACUCACUCAGCUGACGCCUCCGAUGACCCCUAUGGGCCAAAGCCAGAGAGUGACCUUGAGGCAGCCAUGUACUACCGGAUCGAGUGUUCCGGCUACUUCGAUCCAGACCCCGCCGACCACAUAGUCAAAUAUAGACUCUAUGGUGUGAACAAUGUAAAAAAGACAGGGGGCGAUAUUAUCUUCGAGGGUCUUUCCUCUUUCGUCACCAAACUGGCACCUGGGUCGAGGCAGGACAACUACUUGAACAGUUAUUACGUCAUAAUGCAGGACAAAUAUGAAGGGCGAUGUCAAUCGAACACUUUCCAAGUGCAGGUGCUUCCUCCGAACUGCAGAGAAGUUAACAAUAAUGGACAGGACUUCUGCUUGCAAAACGAGUCCUCGGAAAUCUUUUCGGCCUUGAGCACUAUCGAUCUCGUGCAUGAGAUGAAGCACGUGAUUGACUCCACUGUAGUGAAGCACUUCCUAGAAGGAUCAUCUGUCAAUGUGACCCAAGACGUGGUAGUCUUAGCCUCUCUAUCCAACAGAGUAGCUGCAGAUCAACUCAGUGAAAUCAGACACUUUGCCGGCAAAAACAACUUCAUGCCCAUGCCAGACAUCGACGUAUGCCAAGGACACAACAUCACAGUCAAGUGCCCGGAAGGAACCAACAUCAAGAUGGAUCCGACUCAAAUGUCUUUUGGAGUUUCGGAUAUCGACCGCUGUGCCGAGGAGCUACCAACUGACUUUACUUCUCCAUUGACAUAUGCCAGCACAUUCGGAAAUGGAUCAGUGCCUUGUGAAAGAACUGAGUUUUGUUAUUCGGCCACAUCCGACUGCAACGGGAAGACUACUUGUCACCUUCUGGUUGAGAACGAAGACAGAGACGCCGGACAGUUCAACUCCAAGGUGUCGCAGGUCAGCAGUGUGUAUUCAAGCAUGCAGAAGUUCAAAAAGGCCAAAAAGGACAAUCUGGACAAAGGAGAACUGAAGAGCAUAUGUGGUGUGGAAACUCCGAACCCCUUCUGGGAUGUGAGCAACCAGACAGAGAUGACUCCAGUGAAUGCAAUCGGAUCCGGCACCCCGCUUUACCAAUGGUCAUCUGUAGACAAGGCUCUAGACGGGCAAUUUGAGAAUGAUUCAUUGGCUAGUCAGUCGUGUUACGUCGAGACAUCCAAAGAAGACUCCGCUGUGUUUGAACUGGAUCACGAUACCAUAGUAACUACUGUAGACUUGCUCAAUAUAGCGGAUAAAAAUCUUGGGCGAAUGGGAGUGGAGAGUCAAGCUCUAGACGGGCAAUUUGAGAAUGAUUCAUUGGCUAGUCAGUCGUGUUACGUCGAGACAUCCAAAGAAGACUCCGCUGUGUUUGAACUGGAUCACGAUACCAUAGUAACUACUGUAGACUUGCUCAAUAUAGCGGAUAAAAAUCUUGCAAAACGAAUGAAACACCUCCGAGUCGAAGUUUGCGAUGACUCAUUGACUCGCUGUGGGGAGUGCAAUAAGUUUGAUGAAAAACUCAUUGCUUCUGAUUCUCCGAACUUCUUACCAUGUUUCAAAAAAGAAAAGAAAAAAAAGGAUGACGAUGAUGAUGACGACGAUGACGAUGAUGAUGAUGACGAUGACGAUGAUGAUGACGACGAUGACGAUGAUGAUGAUGACGAUGACGAUGAUGAUGACGACGAUGAUGAUGAUGAUCACAAGAGCAAUAAAAAAGAGAAGGGUCUGAAAUGGACCGGUUGGAAACGGGCUCACUGCAAUAUGUAUGGAAGCAAAAUCAAAAUGACCAACACGAAGUACCCGGUACAGUUCUGUGAAAUCCUAAUCUAUGCCCAGAAGUCUUUCGAGGAGCAGAGAAUCAAAUUUUUGAACUAUUCUGCAUCCGAAAACAGCACUUCUGACAUUUUGAGCUCCAAUGACACCAACUUUUCAACUGCGAGGAAAAUACGCUAUAAAGAAAUGGAAAGCUUGGGCAGAAUUUUUUCGAUUUCUGAAUCUUUUUAUGGAAUGUCUGCAUGUGAUCUGAAUGCAGAAAUUUCGAUGGCUGUGUGCACUAACAAAAUGCAGCAACUGCAGUGUGAUGCGACCACUAAACAUUUUCAGGCGUCUUAUCAGUGCUCACGUAACUUCGACGUGAUCAAAGUAGACCGUGUGAAGUGUCCCUACUUGAAGUGUCGCACUUGCUACAACAUCCUGUCAAAUAAAAAUGCGGCCUCACUACACGAGUAUCUAAAAUGGAGAAACAGCUAUUGGGCUAACAAGGAUGAUAAUUAUGACAGUCAUGUCCAGGAAGCUGUAUCAAUGGAGAAUGUUUGUGGACCCGAAAGCCAAGAUGAGAUGUUGUCGACGACUGAGAAGUGUUCUGACUGUCGUCUGGAAUUGGAGGCCCUGGAAUUGGGCCAGGUAGGAAGUAGACACAGUGCCGCCUUCUACUGCUCUAACAUGUAUCUGCAGUGGUACGCCAGCUACCGACACAAACAACAGAUCCGGGAUAAGCUGAGUCUGGUGAGCUACAUGAUAGCAGUGGACUGUGACUCAUUCACCUGUCUGUCUCGGGUGCUCAACUCAGUGAAGCGACUCAUGCGACAGAAAGAGGAAGUCACCUGCUGCCAGAACUCGUUGACGGACACUAUCAUUGAAGUGGUGAAGACGAAGAUAUCAAACAUGUCCUCUUCACUACCUGACGUGGAGAUACAAGACCUCGAGUCGGACAUAUCCAACAUAUUCGCAACCAAACAGAGUGGAUCUCUGCCCUGUGGAUGCUCGAAUGCACUGAGCAGUUGUGUGACUUCGUGGAAUGAACAGCUGGUCUCGUGGAAAGUACAACACAUCUAUCUCCAGAACGAUCUCGAUUCUUCGCGAGCCAACACAUCAACAGCUAAUCCUGAAGGAGAGGAAGUUAUUCCAAUAAUUAUUCAAACUGCCGCCCCGACAACUGUGAUAUACGGGCCAGCAGCCACUGCUACACCUGUGCCAACUGAAGUACAGUCGUCGGUCAGCGGGAAUAGUCAGGCGCUGGUUGAGAUGGAGCAAAGCGUGGUGUCUGUGACUGAUAAUCAGGCUAUAGGAGAGGAAAAGGUUCAAUUAGCCGACGACUCAUUUGUCGCACAGUGUCAGCUCAGUGCUCCCCAGGACUUCCAUCCCGAAGACAUGGAUUUGUCUGACAUGGCUCUAGUUGCUGGUGAAAAUCUAGAGCUGGAAGAUGCCGACGGAGAUCCCGUCUCGUUCACCCAUGAAAGUGUAGUUCCCAGUGUCGAAAUGAUAUCAGCCGAAGACAUGUUACUCGAUACCUCGACAGACGAAGAGCCAAUCCAGUUGCUCACUUCGCUCACUACACAGACGGCUAGUUCGACGUUAGGCCACGCGGACGAAGUGAAUGAACUGGCCCCAAUGUUGUCUAUAUCAGUGAAGAAGAGUGCAAUAAGCACGAAGAUCAGAGAUACAAAAAAAGUGAUCAAAAUUGGCAUACCGCAGGGCAGCGCUUCGGCGGAAAACAAGAAGCAGAAAAAGAAGGUUGGAAUCAAGUUACCGGAACUGAAGGGCAAGGAUACCGUAUGUGCACUGAAGAAACUGGAGAUAUCCUCGGAUGUUGCGAUGAUAAUCCAGCUCGAACCCCAAUGUGACUUCGAGAGACAUGUCGGCAGCAGCUACUACGCAGUCGGCAUCCGAUACUCCACCCCUCCCGUGUCUACAGAUGAAUCACAAUUCGACUACAGAUAUCGACUUCCUAAAGACGAGAACUCCGAGGAGUGUCUGGCUGAUCCUUCCGAGUGCUCGGAGGCCAGGAAGUUCAAAAUUGUGGUGGACAACUGGAUGGAAAGUCACAACUAUGGCGACUAUUAUAUAUGCGUGUGGGGCGAACACAAAGUUCACGAAGGUUUUGAAAUGUACUAUCCACAGCCCUUUUACACCAACAAAAUUCUGCCUUGUUCUUUUGACCUGAUCGUAAAAACCACGGCUUGUAUGUACACUGAGCCGGGAGAAACGGACUCCUAUUCAACGCAAGGUUGUCAGGUAUUAAAAGAGAGUGAUGAUGACAAGACAUGGUGCGCGUGUAACCAUCUGUCAAGUUUCACAGGAGCGGUCAUUCCUGCUUUUCCUAAGGUCGAUUUCUCGGCGGCCGCGUUUGACCCCAGAGUCAUGUACCCUGUGUAUCUUCUGUUGGGCUCAGUUUGGAUGGUGUUCUUCUUUCUUCUUCUUUACUUACGAUCCAAGGACAAAAAUGAUAUCGAAAGGAUUGGGGCUGCUCCACUUGAGGAUAACCGACCAGAAGACAGCUACAUAUACGAAGUAGAGGUGCAGACAGGCACUCGCAAGGGGGCAGGCACUAGCAGCAGAGUGUACUUCGUGUUGUACGGGGACUACGGGGAGAGUGGGGUGCGGAGACUGAGUGAUGGGGAGAGAAAGAUUCUUCAGAGAGACCAGAAGGACAUAUUCCUAAUGACCACGCCAGGAUCAUUGGGUCCUCUCAAUCUGAUUCGAAUCUGGAUCGACUGUAGUGGAAGGGGAAGGAACCACAGCUGGUAUCUGGACCAGGUCCUAAUCCGAGACGUCCAGACAGGAGCGAGAAGCUACUUUCUGGCUCAUAAAUGGUGGUCUCUCAGCGAAGGCGAUGGACUCACUGACCGUAUGUUGCAUGUGGCUAGUCCAGACCAACGUCAAGCAUUCCAGCAUCUAUUCGCAAGCAAGGCCCGAGACAAAUUGGAUGACGAUCAUCUAUAUUUUUCUCUUUUCCUCCGACCGCCUGAGUCCAACUUCACCCGAUGCCAGCGUCUCAUUUGCUGUCUUUGCCUGCUGCUCCUGGAGUUCACGGGAUCGGCUAUGUAUUACGACAGACAGGUUGCCAUAUCUGCACCAACGUACAGCAUUGGACCUGUUGCGUUCAAAAGUCAAGAGUUCGUGGUGAGUUUCAUGAGCUCCCUUUUGGUCGUGCCUGUGUCUCUUCUGCUGGUCCAGAUGUUCCGCAAGAUAGGACCCCGUCCAGUCACUAAAGAGGACAGACUGAAGAGGGAAGAGAUGAAAAUGAUAGAGGACAGCGAGAACAAAGGCGAAUUUGAGGAGUUUGAUUUUGAAGAAGAGCCGCACAACGAGCAAAACAACGGCCAGAGCAAGGGAGCCGAUGGAAUCAACAACCCGUGCGAGCCAAUUUCUACUGGAGAAUCAGCAAUUGCUGGUUAUUCUGGAGCCCAAGAGAGCAGAAGGAGUUCUUUAAUGAAUGGAGUGUCGCCAGAAUUGUGUCAUUCUUCUGACACUGGGAGAUCAACCACUAGCUUUUCGGGACGCUCAGAAGCACGACUUUCUCUGGUGGAGGCUGAAUUGGAAGUGAACAAACUGAUGCUAGAGAUCUGGGGAGAGAACGCAGACACAGAAGCUAUCAAGACGGAGCGUAAGCUUGAGGACGUGCUACACGAGGUGGAUAUGCGAAUAGUGCGAGUGAGGGGCUUCGUGUUCCCCCAAAAACUGCUGGCCCUGGCCUGGACUGUGGCAUUCCUGGUGGCAAUUUCAUGCACUGCAUAUCUUCUCCUGGUCUCAAUCAAUAUAUCCAGCCCAGCAGGGGGAUCGAUUGCACAGCGGAGGACGAAGAUAUCGGCGUGGGUGGUGAGCAUGGUAGGAUCCAUCUUCGUCUCCAUCAUCCUCGUCCAGCCAAUCAAAAUUCUGGCCAUCGCCGUCUUCUACUCGAUGGUUUGCAAACCGAAGAGGUCCAAAAUGAUGCAAGAAUCCGAGUCUGCGGAGGAAGAUUCCAUCCAGAACAACGCGCUGGACAGACUGGGUUUUGUGGAGCUGGAACACAAUGAGGAGUAUAUUGGCAAACAUCACUCUUCAUACCUGCCGUCUCACAGCAAAGGGAAGGUGGGUGCACAAAAGAAGAGUGUUCUGAAGACCAUCAAAGAAGAACAGUACACCCAGAAAAGGUUGGACGGGGUGCUGAUUAGUGUGGCAUUCUAUCUGGUCCUAGUCAGUUUCGUGUAUGCCGUCAUCUACACUGAGCGGGACGACAACACCUCCCGACUGCACGAUCAGAUCAAAUACGUAUUCGAAGGACAGCGAUUUCCACGACUUAAUGAGAUCCGUCGCAUAGAUCACAUCAAAGAGUACCUGAUGAACAACUUCCUGCCCAAUCUUUUCGUGCAGAAGUGGUACGGGGGGCUAAGGGGAGGCAACAGGAGCAACCCCUACGGUCUCUUCAGCCACCUGGACGACAAGAUCAACUUCGUCCUCGGAUACGCGAUCAUACGACAAGUCAGAGUGAAGAAAGGUCUUUGUAAGAAUCCAAUAGAAGGGAACUUGAGGUCAUGUUCUGUGCCCUAUACGUUCUGGGCUGAAGAGAAAGGACAUUUCUGUGAGGAGUGGAAACCCUCUUCUGAAAAUGACCCCUGCUUCUACGAGGCGUUCCAGUACACCGACGCAAGUGAGAUACAGGGUUACCCCUUAAUGGGUUGGUUUGACACUUAUGGGGGAGGGGGCUACGUGGUGAGGCUGGAUGGGUCUGAAUUGAACUCAAGAGAAAAGUUAGAGUGGCUAUUUGACAACAGUUGGCUGGACAGUGACACCAGAGCAAUCAUUGCGGAGUUCUCAAUAUACAAUCCAGGCGCCAACCUAUUUGGAGUGUGUUCUAUUCUGUUCGAGACACCAGUGUCCUCUUUCAUUCGACCCUGGUUCACCCUCACUCCCCUCAAACUGACCAUCCUGCAAGACGGAGACUUCUACAGUGCACUAGUACUCGCAGGUGCUCUGGUGAUGCUGAAUAUUCAGCUGAUUCUGUCACUGUGGAAGUUCUACAAAGAGCGGUGUGCCAAAUUCUUCUCUGACAUUUGGAAUAUUCUAGACGUUUUGAUAGUGCUUAUCGGGUGGGCUUGUACCCUCAUGUGGUUCGUGAGGUACAUCAAAGGCGAGCGAGCCAUUUCUAGGAUGUCUCUUUACGGGGGACGGCAGUAUGUGAACAUGGGCGAGUUGGGGAUAAUGACGCAGCUCUACGUGUACUGUCUGGGGGUGAUCUCGUUCGCCACCACUAUCCGAUUCCUCUGGCUCUUCAAAUUCAACAGCAGGGUGUCCGCAUUCAUCGACACCGUCAGCCUCGCCAGACGAGAUCUAUCCGCCUACGGUUCCAUCUUCUUCGUACUCUUCCUGGGCUUUGCCACCAUGAUCUACGUGGUACUGGGCCCCAAACUGCUUAUGUACAGCAACAUGAAACUAGUCAUGGAAUCACUUUUCUCCGUUCUAUUGGGUAAAUUCGAGUUUGGCAAGAUCUUCGAGGCGGAUCCUAUUUUGGGGCCAUACCUGAUCAUGUCCUAUGCGGUGUGUAUGGCCCUUGUGUCUCUCAACGUGUUCAUCUGCAUCCUCGACAUUUCCAUACACGAGGUGCGCGCUGACGCAGCGAAACGAAGCAAUGAGUUCGAAAUUGUCGACUUCGUUCUGAAGAAGUUUUCACGCUUACGCAACUCGGACGAAGAUGAGGCGAGACAGCAACUGCUUCGAGACGAGGGCAAUAACGAUGAAAGCUUAGCGGGAGGCGGGCGUGGAUUCCGGGUGGAUCUGGGCGUGCUGGAUGAGAAGUGGCGCCAGAUGCGGAAUCGAAUUAUGUCACUGCUGCAGAGUGAGCAGAACGAAGUCAAAUACAGGAUGGACUUGCUGGAGAAUGAGUCAGACGAUGAAACUUGGCAGACUGUCGUCCACGACGAAUCCGAAUAUUAUGGACUGGAAAACAGUGACAACCAAGCUUCAAGUUUGCGGCAGAAGCAAUCACUCAUUCGCCUAAAGUCUAAUGAUUCGUACGAAGCCAAGUACCUCAAGCGUUCUUCAGUUGAGCAUCUGCGUCACGAGGUGAGCUUAAUCGGAAAAGCGAUGACCGAUCUCGUUUCCUCCAGCGAGAGUGAGCCGGACAGUGAUGCAGACACUAUAAAACUGGUUCGAGAAGUUACCUCCCGGAUGUCAACUCGAAUGUCACACAGAAGCGACGACGAGGAAAACAGCGACGACGAACAGGCAGAUAUCACGACGGCACGUGGCGAAAAGAAGAGAAAGCGCCGCUUCGUCAAACAGAUGUUCAAGAAACAAUAUCUAGAGAACUUGUAGAAUUUUGAAAGACUUGGAGGAAAUCUGACUAUUGACUAAAAGUCGUGCACAAUUCACAAUUUGGAUUCACAGCACACCGACUUAGGCACAUUGCUGUCACUGUUCUCGAAGACUUUGAAGAAUUAUUGAAUAUCUAGAUUUUGUAUAAUUUGUGACUGAUUGUACAUCAUAUUCAAAUUUUAAUAUAAAAAAUUCACUUGUGUGUAAAAAUUUAA